GUUACAGGGCGCUUCCCGUAUUUUCCCUUACAUUCAUGCACCUGUUCUCAGCAAGGUGUGCUGUGACCUUUCGGAGACUUCUGAGAACCUUGACGGACACAGCCUCUCGCUGGCGUAGCCACGCCAUAAAGACAAGCAUAAGCCGCCCUUUUGGCAAAAAUAGCUUCUGCACCAGAUUCUCACGUCGACCGAUCUGCCGACAUCGGCCCGCCUUACAUGCCGCUCCUUCAACGCUCUUCUGACAAGAGACUCGUACCCGACUCUUCGAAGAUUUCUUAGUAGUCCUGAAAACACAUUAGACGAGCUGCAGCAAGCUGCAAAGGAUAUUCCUGUGCGCUGCCGCCCUAUCUGGUCGCCGCAUUGCAGCGUACCCCACGGCUUGCCAAUAUCGCGGAGCUUCAUCCUGGCCAUGUACGCCGCUCUGCAAGGCCGAUCAUUAUCCACUGAAUCGAGACAAUCCUAUAAGAAGAAACUGUACUGGGAAAGCGACUCCUCGGGGAGCGAAUACAGCAGUGACGAGGAGGAAUCGUGUGCAGAUACAGAUAGUGUCACAGCGGCAGAGGCGUUGGCAAUGGCUGGUAGACCAGACUUGUCCGAGGAUACACUCCGCGAGAUAAUGUUUAGAUAUGCUCUUUUUCUGAGCUAUCGAUACAACGGGGAAGGCGAGGCACCACAGACGUGGGUGCUACACACGAGGGAGUGGAACAAGCAUGUAUAACGAUACCCCUUACGAUACGUACACGAUUUACGCCAUAGAACUAGUUUUUUCUUUUCAAGUAUUAUUCUAUUUUUUUCUCAUCUAAUUUCAUGAAAGUAGUAAAAACAAAAAUAUGCGCCGAUAAUUAACCCCGUCUAAAGAGAAACGUUCAAAGGAAGUAGGCAGCGACGAGACCAGCAAUGGCAGCACCGCUCAGAGCGUUCUUAGAACCGGCGUUGGUAGGAGGAACAACAGCAGUGUCGUUGCCAUUGGGAGUAGGCCACUCGGUAGGGCAAGGCUCCUCCUCAGCCUCUGUUGAGGCGGGAGGCUUCUGUGCGGUGGUGGUGCUGUUGCCAGUACCAGUAGAUGAUGGAGUGGCAGACUGAGUAGCAGAAGGAGUGCACUUGUCAGCAGGAAGGGUGAAGACGGGGUCAGCGUGGACGAUGCACUGCUCGAGUUAGUUGGAAUAUUCUUGUGUUGUAUACAUUGGGUGCUACUCACGUUCUUCUCGCAGGCAGCCUUGCCAUCGCCCUUGGCAGCCUCGUAGCAAGAAGCUAGGCCGCCAGGAGGGAAGCUACCAGAGAGGUUGGGAGUGCAGCGGCCGGGCUGGCCGACACCAGGGCCACUGCAGCGGAGGAUGAUGUCGCUGGCAAUGCAGAAGGUCUGGCCGUCAGACUUGCAGAGGUCGGCGGCAGAAUCCUCAGCGGCAACGAGUGCGGCAACGGCGACAGCGGCGAAAGCGAAGGACUUCAUGGUGAUGGAUGAUUAAAAGUGUCUAAAUGGCAAACUUGUAGGAAAAUUUGGUAAAGAGGUAAGGACUGAUAACGAAAAAUCAGAGAGUGACGAGAUUGUUGGUGGCUAGGAUGGGUGGUUUAUAUGCACGCUGGUGUAAGCGCGACGCACCAAGACACGAGGAGAAAUAUUGGGACGAACCACCUCUAUGGGCCGUGUGGAUGAGUCUGGAAACACGGACCGUGUUUCUGGGUGGUUAAAUUCGUACCUUUAUUUCGAUCUGCAGCGAAUCUCGCAUGGUUUGCUCCAAAGGGGGAAAGGGAGAAAGCAAACGGUAGCCAAAACGGGCUAGGGCGUCUGGAUACGAGGCUGGAAUGGAGACGGCCCUUGCCAUGGAUAUAUUGGAGGAUAUAUUGGCGCGUGAGUCGCCUUUAGCAGUUUAAAGAGAGCAACAACGAAAAAAAAAAGU